AUGGCGAGCCCACUGCCCCUCGUCCUGCUCAGCGCCUCCCUGGCCGGCCUCCUGCUGCCCGGGGGAAGCGUGUUCCUCAGCCGGGAGCAGGCCAACCACGUGCUGGUGAGGGCCAGGAGGGCGAACUCAUUUUUAGAAGAGCUUAAGAGAGGAAACAUAGAGAGAGAGUGCCUGGAAGAGAUGUGCUCCUACGAGGAGGCCCGGGAAGUCUUCGAGGACAAGGAGAGGACGAAUGAAUUCUGGAAUAAACACACAGAUGGCGACCAGUGUGAAAGCAAUCCUUGCCAGAAUCAGGGCAAAUGUAAAGACGGCCUCGGAGAAUACGUAUGCACCUGUUUGGAAGGAUUUGAAGGCAAAAACUGUGAAUUACUCACACGGAAACUCUGCAGCCUGGACAACGGAGACUGUGACCAGUUCUGUCAUGAAGAGCAGAACUCCGUGGUGUGUUCCUGCGCCAGUGGGUACACCUUGGGGGACGACGGCAAGUCCUGCGUCUCCACAGAACUCUUCCCCUGCGGGAAAAUGACCAUGGGGCGCAGGAAGAGGUCAGUGGCCCAGGACACCAACAGCCCUCUGGAAACUGCCGUGCUGGAGCUGUACGAUCCAGGCGACCUGGCCCCCACCGAGAACCCUUUCAACCUGCUUGACCUCAACCAGACGUACCCCGAGGAGUAUACCAACGACAACACCCGCAUCGUGGGCGGCCGGGAAUGCAAAGACGGGGAGUGUCCCUGGCAGGCUCUUCUCAUCAACGAGGAGAAUGAAGGCUUCUGCGGAGGCACCAUCCUGACUGAGUUCCACGUCCUCACCGCAGCCCACUGUCUAAACCAGGCCAAGAGAUUCAAGGGGACCGGAACACGGAGGAGGAGGAAGGCAACGAGGCCGAGCACGAGGUGGAGAUGA